AUGACUAACCUGACGAGCGUUGCUGAAGUGGAGGCUGCCUGGGGUGCCUACGAAACGACGGCAUUUGUGCAUGUGCAAAGGCCAGAGCUAUAUUCCUUACCACCGAAUAAAGAUGUCCUGGCAGGGACGGCGAAUGUCUACAUGCUUAGCGUGCAUCACCAACUGCAUUGUCUGAAACAGCUUCACGUGGCGACUCUACAUUUUCCGGGUGGAAAUGGACAACAGAAUCACGCGGAGGACUCGGAGUCGGUACGCCACAUGGAGCAUUGCGUUGAUUAUCUGCGGCAAGCGAUCCUCUGCGCCGGGGAUGCAACACUCGAGGGCCCAGAUCCAGGGAAAAGAACUCUAAGUGGAUAUGGAACUACACAUCAAUGCCGCAAGUGGGAUGGGUUGAAUGGACUGGAGACCUGGAGAUUGUUGAACAGUCCCCAGAACCCAUAG